AUGGCCCAACAACAAUUCCAACUUGUCGAAGCCUUCCAGAAAUGUAAUUCUCCAGCCGACAUUGACUCGACAAUCCAAGUCGUGAAACGAUAUCUCGCGUUGUUGAGCACGCAACCUCAACAUCAACAAUCUGCUCCUUUUGGAAGUAUACUGCAUCUGGCUGUUAGUUUGUCGCCCAAACCGGUUAUUGAUAGAAUCAUUGCGGAGUUUUGUACCGAUAAUAGCUGGGUUAAUCAAAAGAAUAGUGAGGGAGAGACGCCAUUACAUUUGGCUAGUAGAUUAGGAAGAUCGGAUGUGGUUGGACAGUUGUUGAAUAUUGCUGGUGUGGACGAGACUAUUAGAGAUUAUGAAGGACGCACUCCAGGCAAGAUGUCGCGCUUCGAAGAGUCAGCCAAGAAUGGCAAAGUAGUUCAAGUCCUACAAAGUCAUCGCAAGCAAUUCUGUCAAGAGAUACUGACUCACUUGGGCCUCAUUGUCGAAAAGAAGGAUACUCAUAAAAUACUCGCUCUCUUUGCUCCAGAUUCUAGAGCCUAUUCUUAUUUGAAAGCCGGUUGGAUUGAUAUUAAUGGACCGUUUGACUUGGAAGGUGAUCAAUCUUUACUACACGUCGCUGCUCGAGUAGAUGAUAUGCAGCUCGUAGAAUGGCUUCUCAAGAAUGGUGCUGAUCCUAAAGUCAAGGACCGCAAGGGUAAAACGCCUAGUGAUGUGGCUGCCAAAGAUAGCUCUGCGAGAGCUAAACUCAAAACAGCAAUAUAUCAAGCACCCAUCCUCGCAGCCUCGUUAGCACAGGCAACAUCUUCUGCCAGUGGUCGAGUACAGACUGGUGUUCCUUCAUUACGAGGCACUCUGAUGAAAUGGACCAAUUACGCUUCUGGUUACAAGCACCGAUACUUUGUACUAGAGAACAGUAGUUUAUCAUAUUUUCAGUCAGCAGGAGAUUAUCCACUCAGUUGUCGUGGAUCCAUAUCAUUACUGAUUGCCAAGAUUGUAAUGCCUGAUCAUAAUGACAAGUCGAGAUUUGAUGUGCUUGGUAAAGGAUCGAUCCGAUAUGCGCUCAAGGCUCGUUCGCCUGCUGAAGCAAAAAAAUGGGUCUGGGCUUUAAAUGAAAGCAAAUUAUGGGCCGUUGAUAGAAAUCGGCAAGGAAAAUCAUUGUCUCCAGAUCCAUUACCAGCCGAUCAAGCUGGUGAUGAACAACCGUUCGAAGAUAUAGAUAAAGUAUUUGGAGGCAUGGAUGACAUUGAAGCCUCUGAGAAUGCCUCUGUAUCUCAUCACAGUGAACAUUCCGUUGAUGUGUCACAGCAGCCAGAUCGGCCCAGCACCGAGGCAUCCUAUGUCAAUGCCGAGAUAAAACCUCCACCGUUGCCAGCACGAAAUCCAUCCAAAGAAGAGCUUGCUGCUCUUGGUAAUAGCAGUAACAAUGUUUUAUCAACUCCCGUUGAGGAUUUGCAUACGCUGGUGUAUCUGCUCAAUGUCCAUUUAGAUGUACAGCAAAGAAUGGUGGAGGCGCUUGUGCAGGCUACGGAGAAGGCAAAUGCUGCUGCUAGUAGUAGCGGUUUACUCACAGCAAGUGCUGCUGGUGGUAGAUCGCUUACAUCUGAUGCAGCUUCAGAUACUGGUAUAUAUAUCCACAGUCGUACUAAAUCUCAAGACAUAUCCAAAGAGUUGGACUCGACUCAUAUAGCCUCCUUGUGUCAGUCUAGCGCUUCACGAGUGAGUGAAACGGUAAAAAAGGUGAUAUCUCUAUGUGAAGAACGAGAGAAAAAGUGGGCAAAGAGAUGGCGGAAUGAGAUUGAAGGAAGGAAACGAUGGGAGGAGAUUGUCAGGAAAUUUGUUGGGCUCGAUGGGUUGACCGAAGAAGAAAUAGCUGCCACUGGGAAAAUGGGGCUAGGUCAUCUUAAUACUACUUCAGGCCACGACGAUUUCGACCAUGAAGCUCAUUCUCCUACUGCAUCUAGUGACGGUCAUGAUCAUGACCAUGAUAAUAGUCACGAUGCAGCAGAGGCCGAUGACGAAGAUGUGUUCUACGAUGCUCAAAACGCUGAGGCUGAAGAUCCAAGUAAAUUUUUAGAACAGGUGUUUGGAUUUGAGCCAUUAGAACAACAACGAGCAUCUCCUGAACGUGGUGCUACCUUACAACGAUCUGGUACUUCGCGAUCUGGAACUCGUACUCCAAAUACACGAACGCCAAGUCGUAAAGGAUCAAAAGUUGUAUCCCCUAUGGCAUUGCAACAACUUGAAGGCACCAAUACCGAUAAUACAGAGUCCACGUCAACGGAAAUGGUAUUAUCCGAGCUGCCGUCACUGAAAGAUGUGAAGAUGUCUGCAGUUGGAUACAAGCUUCCGUUUAGAGAACGGCUUCCGCUGAAUCCUAGUAAAGACUUAUCUAAAGUGACAUUACCCGUGUUUUUCAAUGAGCCUCUAAGUAUGAUACAACGUAUGGCAGAGGAUGUAGAGUAUGCCGAAAUCCUGAGCUUUGCUGCUAGAAUAGGAAGUCAUGGAGCCAUGCGAAGUAUAGAAGGUAUGAAAGUUGGUGGUCAGGAUCCUGCUGCUCUACAUGCCAAAGUCGUUGGUUGUGAGUUGAAGGACGUGGAAGGUUUGGAAGGUGAAGAGGCUAGUUUGUAUAGGACUAUGAUGGUGGCUGCUUAUGCUAUGUCGAAUUAUUCGAGUACUAUUAAGAGAGCUAAUAAGCCUUUCAAUCCUAUGCUGGGCGAGACUUUUGAACUGGUCAGAGAGGACAAGUGGUAUAGAUAUAUUUCAGAGCAAACAUGCCAUCAUCCGCCGAUAUCUGCUUGUUAUUGUGAGUCGCCAGACUAUGUGUUUUGGGCUGAAGUCAACGUCAAGAGUAAAUUCUGGGGGCGUAGUUUGGAAUUACACCCACUCGGCGUCUGCCACGUUCGGCUUCCCAUCUUGCCAUCAAAAGACUCGAAGGCUCCUAUAGAGAUGGAGCACUACUCAUGGCGCAAAGUGACUACUGUAGUUAAUAAUUUAAUCGUUGGCAAGUUAUGGGUCGACCACCUAGGUGACAUGGUAGUUAAAAACCACAGAACGAACGAAGAAGUCACUAUAUCAUUCAAGUCAAAAGCACAGGCAGGUGGUGGCACUUGGUUUGGUUUGGGUGGCCCAACAGUGAGCAAUAAGGAAGAUGGAGGGCAACCAGCUGAUGCAGGUGAAUUGGGAGGGUUUGUUCGAGACAAGAAUGGGACGAUUAGAUAUGAAUUGAAAGGAAAUUGGGGUGAUCGAGUACUCGCAGUACCAGUAAAUCCCAUAGGCAAAGGCUUAUUAAAUCAGACCUUAACACUAUGGGUCAGAGAACAACCACCUACCAUAUCACCUCUAAACUUUAACUAUACCUCGCUAGCGCUGACACUAAAUGAUAUGCCAACUACCUUGAAACCAUAUUUGCCAUUGACAGAUUCACGUCUACGACCCGACCAGAAGGCUAUGGAAGAAGGUCUAUGGGACGAAGCUUCCAAACUAAAGGAAACUCUCGAGACCCUACAACGCAACAAUCGUAAAGUAGUUAUAAAAGCAUAUGAAGAUACCCAUGUGAAAGAUGGUCCGCCACGAGAAGAUCCAGGACUAGAAUUUGGUGAAGAGUGGUGGACUCCUAGAUGGUUUAUACGAGAAUUGGAGGAAGACACUGGUGAAGAGCAUUGGCAAUUCACUAGUGAGUAUUGGAAGUAUCGGCAGGAGAAUGCUGUGGCUGUGAAGAAUGGUAUGCCAGCACAUUCUGGAUGGCCAGCGUGGGUACCUGAUACGUUUGGAACUAGGGAGACGAAGUUGAGUGGUAGUAAAUCACACGAAAGUUGUGUGUGUCGAUGGAAGGACUGUACAAAUCGUCGUGUGUUCACGUAUCAAGGUCGUAUGCUCGAACACUUGCGUGUUCAUACUCUGGAACGUCCGUAUCUGUGUCCACUUCGCUCCUGUGCUGCUGUAUUUACUCUCAAGAGCAAUUGUGUCUCUCACAUUCGCUCUCGUCACCACAGAGACAUUGAUCCAAUCCAUAUUGACUACAUGCAGACUUCUGGAAACGAGUUCCAUGAACUCAUUCCAGCAAACGCUACAGAUGAAGAACUCGCUACUCUUGAUUUCAUGAUUGACGGUGACGCCAGUGAUGGAGAAACUGAUGAUAGCAGUCGUCUCGUAUCUCGUCAUAAACAUAUUGCCAGUACUUGCGGUACUGCCGAAAACGACGCAUUGUCAUCAUCAGCACUCGUUGGUCUAUUGUAUGCCAAUUACGUACCUACUCCAUACUCUGGUGGUGAUAUGGCUCCAUCUAGUGAAGCUGAAGAUGAUGAAACAGAUGAAGUCAAUAGUGUAGACUCAGAUUACAAGGCACCCAAACGUACUCGAUUACGAUUACGUAAACGUGCUGGUGCGAGAACACCUACUCUGCCUACUACAUCGCUUUUGACGCAACCGUCUGCAGCAUCUAUUGCAAAGGCAAAUAUUGCAGCUCGGCUUCCUCGUUUGUCAAAUGGUCAAUUUGCUCCAAGGCCUGGAUAUGGAGAUUCUCCAACUCUAUCAGAUUCUUCACUCAGGAUUCGUAAAGAAUCUGGCAAGAAUGUCUCUGUCAAGAAUCGGCCUAUUGAUCAAGAAAUCGGUCAAUUGGAACGUGAGUCUGAGUAUUUUGAACGAUCACGUAAACAUUUGAAUCGUAUUUACCGUGGUCUAGAGGCAACUCAGCGUAAUUUACAAGCUCUUGCCACUCCCGACAUGUCAUAUCCCAACUCUCCAGCUGACUCGUCAGAACAACAACUAUCGAUAUAUGAGUCGUCGAUUGAUACCUCUUCUGACACACACUUGCUGAACAGAUCAGCAAUAAGUGUACUAGCAGAGGUAUCAUGUCUAUUACUCGAAACUGAAGCAGCUCAAACCCGUAUCGAGAAUGAAGUCAUUCCAUCUCUGAAACGGAAGGCUCGAGCAAACGAUGACAAAGAUGAACGUAUUGCUAGUCGUGCUAGUGUCAGUAGUAAUGGUGAAAUCAAUAGUAGUACCGCAAGUGUUGCUGGUACGUCUAUUGAAUCACGUAUAGCUCGAACGGCUGAAUUGAAGGAUGAUGAUGAAGUAUCGAUCCAUACUAGUACGUCAACCAUUACGGACGUAUCGAAUAUUAUGAACAUAUCGAAAAUUACGAGCAACUACGACCGCAGCAAUACCAGUCGUGGCAAUAAUCGAUCUCGUAUUAUUACCCCUACUCCAUUAUCGUCAUCAUCAUCAAAACCUCAACGUAUCGGGCCAGAUUUCGUUGGUCAAUCUUCGUCAUCAUCAUCAUCAACGUCAUCGGAUGCCGAUAAUAAUAGUCAACGUCCAAUUCGUGGGCUUGCAGCACUUGAUUGUCUGAUGAAUGAAUACAUCGACAACUUGCCAACACCAAGUACUCCAUUACCACCACCACAACUACAACAACAUCAAAAACCAUCACCAAAGCGUGAGGCUAAAGAUGACUCUGGCCUCAGUGAGGUGGAUGGCUACAUGUCUGAAUAA